GGUGAUUAUUUUAAAGUCACAUUCCAACCUAUAAUAUAUACAGGACAAAGUAACGUGUUGCGCAAUCCGACGCCGAAUAAGUGUAUAAGAGAAAAAAAGAAGGGAGUAUAAGGAGAGAACAGGGGCCAGGUAAGUUCUCUACUCCGGCCCGGGAAACACAUGAGCUAAUAUAGUGCUCCCCUAAAACAUGAUUUUUUUCGCAUGUUUUGUCGAAACUUACGGACAGCUUAACAAAUUACAUGUCAACAACAAGGCCCAUAGUUAGCCAUGAUACAUACAAACAAUUUGUCAAGUUACUUCUGUUAAAUUGCACCAUAGUAGUGAUUAAUAGGCUUGUAAAAUAUCACUUGUUUACGUCUACAAAAGGGUAACGCAGAAGGCUACACAGCGGGAGAAGUGUAGACACGCUCCUUACACUAGCGGAGUCGUUGAACCACAACCUGAACUCGUGGAAAAAUAAUCGAUAUUUCUGAACGUAUCCUCCUCGCACUGGAAACAUCCACUUAUUGCUCAACGUAAUACCGGACUCUAGAUAGGCAGAAUCGGCCGGAAAAUGACAUGGAGGACAGUGGCUGUGUCUUCUGCUGUUGGAAUAGCUACCCUGUUGGUCAUACCAUAUUUACACAUAGGUAUCUUGCACUUGAUGAUAUGGGUACCUGAUAAAGACCCGGUAGACAAGGCUAACUGCAGAUGCACGUGCUGGGACACUGUUUUCAAAGGGUCGUACCAGAAUCAAAACGACAUCGGAUAUAAACAUUUCUACUUCAACGCCACCUUACAAACCUACGUCAUAUGGAUUAUCACGGUCUGUCAUAUGAUAGCUUUAUACGAAGCUGUCAAAUACUUGUGGCUGACGUUCACGUCCGGUGAUAUCCGAACGUCAAUGGUCUUUCUGUUUCUCUUGGACAUUUACCCUAUUUAUUACUCGUGGUGGAAUUACACAAAUUAUUUCAACGACGAUUUCUAUCAACAAUUUACUCAUCAGUUCUUCUUUUCAGCAACUGAAUUUGUUUCAAUAUGUUUCAUAUUGCAACUGUGUUCUAAGAAAUACGAAAUUGAUAAAUGGAAAAUCAUGACAGUUAUCUGUAUUAGUUUCGUUCAUUUACUCAUAGGGGGCGUUGAUCAGUUUUUCGUGCAGAUGUUUCUCGGAGAAGGAAGGAAUUACCAGAAAAUGCGGAAUUUUGGUUUCAUGGUACCAGAUCUGUUACAUAUAACUAUACCUAUGCAAGUUUAUCGGAGAUCAUGGAAUAGCAUUCAAAGUGUGAACAAACAGCAACAGUUAUUUACAAAAAAAGAUGUCGGUUAUGCUGUCUCUGCAAUAUGUGGUGGUUUUAUAAUAGGUAAAUUAAUCCUUCGGUGACUGGAACAAUUAAAAAUAAAAUAUCCUCAGGAAAAUUAUGUAAUUGAUUCCGACUAGUAAGGCAUAUUUAGUUGUGUGGUGCAUUGCUUGAACUUAAGUAAAUCAGAAAUAACCAUGUUGAGGUUACUUAAUGAUAAUUGUUCAAUGAAGGCCUGGAGCCUGACGUCUGCAUCCAGAAGUAAAUAUUAGUACAACUCUUAGUCUAUCGGCAUAUACUGAACGGGUUUUUCACACGCAGAGUUUCUUAACAUACUAUCAUACAUCAUUAAAGUAAUGCUCCCUGUGUUAAUCAGAUAAUAUCUAAUUUAAUCAUUUGAACGCAUAUUUGUCACAUUUAUCUUUAUAAGAAACCCAUUUGCUAAGAUAAGUAGCCGAUUGUACGCUGUAGACUAUCUUUGAACAUGUUUACUGUGAAACCUCUUUAUAACGCCCAUAGUUACAUUUGCCACCUCGUUUAUCAUCAACGUAGUUCAUUGUCCCUUUUUCUUGUUAACUUACUAGUUCAUUUAAACAUUUUCUUCAAUCUAUUGACAAACCCUUUUGUAAUGCCAAUUUUUUUUUUUACAAAUGGUGACAGUAUAACGAGGUUUUACUUUAGUUGUACGCAAUUGAGUUUCAUUUUAUAGAAUGUUAUAUACUAGAAUAUACAUUUUUAUUAACGUACAUAUCCAAGUAAUUUUGUAAACUGUGAUUUUUUUAUUUGCGAUUGUGUCUGAAUAUGAAUAUGUAUGACAUAUCAUAUCAUAUAGAAUGUUCUUCCAUUCUCGAUACCCAGGGUUUACGCUCACUUUCCCUCUCUGCACCCCUGGAAUGUGUCAUAGAAAAUUUGAAGGCGAGAACAUAGCUGUUUGAUUGGUCUCGGGUAAAAACAAACUGGCCUAUCGCUAGGUUGAUACCUGUCCUUUGAAUAUUACAAAGGAGAGAUGCCCGACUUCAAAGCCUGUCAAUUUUAACCGUUACGUGACCGCGAGAUUCUUUUGAUGUACAUCAAACGAUCGAACUAAUCUUCUUGUCUCAUCAACAAGCUAGGUGGAGCACACUGAACCGUCAAUUUUACUAUGACAUAUUCCAGGGGUGCAGAGAGCGAAGGUGAGCGUAACCCCUUGAUAUCGAGGAUGAUUUUCUCCGUGGCCAAAUGUAUGUUAUAUACCCAUGCUGGAACCAACUGGUAAAUCAGACCGUGAUAAACAGACCGAAACAGGAUAUACAUGUAACUAAAUGUCAACAAAAUCAUAAUUUGUUCUCAAUAAUCGAAACAAGGGAAUUAUGUGGGGUUCCCUGAGUGGGUCUCUAAACUUUUGUUAUUUCGAAUUUUCAGGACUACAGACUUGUCGUUGUGGCGUUGUAAUUAUUUUCAGAAUAAGCUUGAAAGUUGUAUUGCACGUUUCUGUAUUACCAGUCUGUUUAGACUGAAAAGAAACUUAAACUUGAUUUUAUACUUUGUAUUGGACCUAUAAAACAUAUCCUGGCUGUAGUCUAGUCCUUGAUUUGAACGAAUACACAUAUUCAGUUUCUGAAUUUCUUGAAUUUACAUUGACAAAAUAUAAACACUUUACCAAAUGAUAUGUAUACACGUGCUUACUCGAGCCUAAGGCAGCUACGCUACUGUUAAAUGAGCAAAGGAAAAUUGUGCAUGGGAAUCCUUUUCUUAUUCGCAGAAAAUAGGACCAGGUGUUCCGGAAGGAUAAGCUUAUUCUGCUUCAUCCAUAUCAUAUUUCCCUAUGGGAUAAUGGUGGCGAUCAUAGAUAUAAAUCAUAAACCAGAAUGUUGUCUCUUCUGAUCCAUUAAACAAAGAAACUGAUCAUAAUGAAACCCUCCAUAUAAGGGGUUUGAUCACAUUAAACAAAUGUCUUAUUCCCUAUAGUUGUUUGCAUACACUUGUAAAGUGCUUGUUUCCUGUUAUUUUGCCAUGUGCAAUACGUCAUUUGUAAUUGUAAUUUGUCAUCAAAAGGAAAACCAUGGGCUAUCAUCUAUGUGUGUGCUAAAAAAAGCUCCUUCAUUAUACCAUGUGUUAUAGAAUAAAUGUAUUUCGUUCAAUA